AUGAAGGCCCAAUUUGGAAGUGAAGCUGCGGCUCACGAUCGCACGAUCCCUGAACUGAUCGAUGAACACGUCCACUCCAGGCCUCAUGCAGAGGCUCUCUGCUCAUCCGAUGGAGAUUCCAUGUCUUACAAGGCUCUCGACACGGCAUCACGGACUCUGGCAGACCACCUGACUCACGAGCUCGAUGUCGGCCCCGAAGUCAUCGUGCCUCUGUGUUUCGAAAAGUCAAUAUGGACAGUCGUCGCCAUCGUCGCCGUCCUCCGCGCGGGCGCCGCCUUCGUCCUCCUCGACCCCGCGCACCCCACAUCCCGGCUCGACACCAUCAUCCGCAAAUGCCGCUCCCAAGUGGGCAUCGCGUCGCCGACGCACCAAAAACGGCUCUCCCAACUCAUCCCACACGCCGUCUGCCUCGACCGGCCCGCGCUGCGCCGUCUCGAGGAGCGGCAACAAGCCCGCGCCACCGCAUCCUCUUCCCCCCCGCAGCCCCACAACGCGGCCUACGCCAUCUUCACGUCGGGCAGCACGGGGGUCCCCAAAGCCGCGCUCAUCGAGCACGGCUCCUUCGUGGCGGGCGCCCUCGGGCACGCGGCGGCGAUGCGGCUGACGGCCGCGUCGCGCGUCGUGCAGUUCGCGUCGUACAACUUCGACGCCAGCAUCACCGAGAUGCUGACCACGCUCGUCGUCGGCGGCGCCGUGUGCGUCGUGCCCGAGGCGGCGCGGCUGGAUCCGCUCGAGUUUGCGCGCGCGGUCGAGGGCAUGCGGUGCGAUUGGGCGAUAUUGACGGCGUCGUUUAUCGGGGCGUUGGAGGAGGGCGGGUUGGGCAGCUUGAGGGUGUUGGUGCAGGGUGGGGAGGCGAUGACGAGGGGCGUGUUGGAGAGGUGGGUCGAGAGGGGCGUGACGUUCUUGAAUGCGUAUGGGCAGGUGGAAGCAUCUGUCGUCGCUACCUGCACGCCGCCCAUCUCCCGCCACUCAGAUGGCAAAUCAAUCGGCCACGCCGUCGCCGGCCGGUGCUGGGUCGUCGACCCGGACAACCCAAACGUCCUCACCGCCGCCGGCGAGGUGGGCGAGCUGCUAGUCGAAGGCCCACACGUCGGCCGCGGCUAUCUGCACGACCCAGAGAAGACGGCGGCCGUCUUCAUCUCGCGGCCGACGUGGCACACGCGCCUCUUCCCCGCCGAAUGCGACGCGCGCGCCCUGCGCUUCUACCGCACCGGCGACCUGGUCGCGCAGCAGCCCGACGGCAGCUUCGCCUACGUCAGCCGCAAGGACGACAUGGUCAAGCUGAACGGCCAGCGCGUCGAGUGCGGCGAGAUCGAGCACCAGUUCAUGCGCGCCAUGCAGCCGCGCCGCGACGUCGUCGUCGAGCUGGUCAAGCGCAAGGUGGGCAACGGCGCCACCCGCGGCGUGCUGGUGGGCUUCGUCGCCCUCGACGCCGACUGGACCGAUGGCGAUGACGCCGCCAACCAGCGCAGGUUGGAUGCCGAGAUGCGGAAUGCUGAGGCGCAGGUCCGCGCCGUCUUGCCCAAGUUCAUGAUCCCUGCGUCGUUCAUUGCUGUCCACCGCAUUCCCAUCUCGAUCAAUGGGAAGGUGGAUCGAAAGGGGUUGCGUGCGCUGGGCGAGGCGAGGCUGUCCCGGAAGCAGAACCCGGCGCCGGUGCCGACACCCAGCCGGGCUGAAGAGCAGGUCGUGGUGCCGACGCUGAGUCGUGCUGAAGAUCAGCUACGGAAGGUGUGGAGCCGUGUGUUGAAUGUACCGGAGGCAGAUAUCAGCCGGACCAGCGCUUUCCAGAGUCUCGGUGGAGACUCGAUAUCGGCCAUGCAAGUCGUGUCCCAAGCAGCGGCCUGCGGUCUGCCCGUCACGGUUCAGCGCAUCCUCCAGAAAAAGACCAUUGCCGAGAUAACUUCCGGGAUGGUGGAUGCGCCUCUUGCGAGGACCGCAGAAUCCUUUCCAGUGGAUGAAGAUGAAGGGGAUGAGGGAGAGCCUUUCAAGCUUUCGCCCAUCCAGCAGUUGUUCUUCCACCUCUCUCCCAAGGGAGACAAUCAGGACAACAUCAGCUUCCUGCUCCGCCUGAACAGAAACGUCUCGCGCAACUCCAUCGACACCGCACUCGAGGCAGUCGUGUCACGAAACCCGAUGUUGAGAGCUCGGUUCUUUGAGAUGAGGCGCGGAUGCUGGUUCCAGUACAUCUCAGAUGAAGUCUUGGAGUCAUACCAGUUCUGCUCCCACGUUGUCAAUAGCACGGCCUCAUCCGACCUGAUGCCCAUCAUCAAAGACGCCCAGCGAGGUCUCGACAUCAAGUACGGCCCUCUCCUUCGCGCCGACCUCCUGACCACUCGCGGUGGUAAAGAGCAGCUUUUGUUUGUUUGCGCCCACCACCUGGUGACUGACUUUGUGUCCUGGCGUGUCAUCAUGCAGCAGGUCGAGGAGCACAUGACGAGUGGGAGCAUUUCCCCAACCAAAGCCGUCUCUUUUCAGACAUGGUGCAAGCUUCAGGAAAGGCAUGUUCGGAGUCUGCCUCCGCAGAAACUUCCAUUCGAGCUUCCCGAUCCGGACUACGACUUCUGGGGAAUGCAGAGCCUACCAAACUUCUACGGAGAUGCAGUGACUGAGGUUCUGGUGAUGGACGAGAGUCUCUCAUCGGUAAUCCUGGGAACUGCGAGCAAAUCCUCGCUCGAGAUUGAGACCGUAGAUGUGCUUCUCGCGGCAACCAUGUUUGCCUUCCACACCGUUUUCCCAGAGCGGUCCAUCCCCGCAUUUUUUGUCGAAGGCCAUGGCCGAGAACCCUCAUGGGACGAGACAAUCGACCUUUCUUCAACAGUGGGUUGGUUCACCACCAUCUUGCCCAUGGUCGUCUCGCAACAGAACUGCAAGGACCCCGUCUCCAUCGUCCGCGAAAUCAAACGCCUCCGCGCCGAGUUUCCCGACAAAGGCCUCGCCCAGUUUGCCGCCCGCUACUACAGUAAACGCCGCCAACGGCAGCAGCAGCAGACGCCCAUGGAAAUCACAUUCAACUACGCGGGCAAGUACCAGCAGCUCGAGCGGACGGACUGCCUCUUCACCGAGGAGCCCUCCCGCACGCUGAUGCACCUCGACGGCUUUGGCGCCGCGCUGCCGCGUUUUGGGUUGAUUGAGGUUCUCGGCAACGUCGAGCGCGGCCGUCUCAAACUGUCUUUCACGCUCAACAAGCGCAUGCGGCACCGGGAGCGUGUCGCGCAGUGGAUGCACGAGUGCCGAAACGUGCUCGCCGCCGUGGCUCCACUGCUCGGCGAGCUGCCGGAGAAGCAGGGGCCCUGUUUCCCGCUUCUCAAGGCGUCGCCGGCAGAGAGUGCAAGGUUGAUGGACGAGGUGCUGCCGGCGAUGGGCGUGGAGGCGCAGGAGGUGGAAGACGCAUAUCCCUGCUCGCCGAUGCAGAACGGCAUGUUGUUGAGCCGCGCCGGCGACAGGGGGAGCUACACUUCACAGCUUUUCCUCGAAGUGCAGUCCACCAACGCCACGGCCAUUGACAUUGCCCGCCUCGAGCUCGCGUGGCAAGCCGUGAUCGAUCGACACGCAGUCCUUCGGACCGUGUUUGUCGAGAGCGUGCGCGGCGACGGCAGCUUCGACCAGGUGGUCCUCCGCCACGCACAAGCAACCACCGCGCACAUCGCCAAGGACGACCUCUCCACCCAUCCCGUCCAGCCAUGGCCCGCGAACCAGCCCGAGCACCGCCUCCUCAUCGCCGCCCCCAAACCAUCCUCCUCUCCCGCGGUGAUCCAGCUCCGCCUCGACAUCAGCCACGUCCUCAUCGACGGCAGCUCCACCAGCAUCCUCACCCGCGACCUCCGCCGCGGCUACGCCUCCGCCACCUCCCUCGCCCGCCACCCCCGCCCCUCCUACCGCAGCUACAUCUCGCACAUCACCACCCCCUCCCCCACCGGCACCCCGCCCGCCGCCUCCCUCCAAUACUGGACCUCCCACCUCGCCUCCGCCCAACCCUGCCACCUCCCCUCCUGGAGCAGCGACUCCUCCACCUCCCCCUCAACCCCACCCACCCUCUCCAUCGCCCCCGUCCCCCCCAUCCCCUUCGCCCCCACCACAUCCUUCUGCCGCACCCACUCCGUCACGCUCUCCGACCUCCUCAAGACCGCCUGGGCCCUCGUCCUGCGCGCCUACACCGCGUCCGCAUCCGCCGCUGCCGACCCCGUCUUCGGGUACCUCAGCAGCGGCCGGGGCGACGUCCCAUCCGCGGACGACGCGCUCGGCGUGUUCACGAACAUCCAGGCGUGUCGGGCGCGGGUGGGCGAGAGGGGGCAGAAGAACGUGUUGGAGGUGUUGAGGGCGGUGCAGGAGGACGGGUGGGAGCAGAUGGCGCAUCGGGAGUGCGGGUUGGCGGAUGUGUUGCAUGCGAUGGGUGGGGGUGGUGCGGCGGAGGAGGGCGGGUUGUUUGGGACGGCCAUGUCGUUGCAGAGGGUGGUGAAGGGCGGGGAGGGUGAGGGUGAGGAUGGGGUGAGGGUGAGGGUGGUGAGGGAGAUGGAUCCGACUGAGUACGCGGCGACUUUCCUCGGAUAUGUUUCCGAUACUGACGUCGAGCUUGUCAUCGAGUACUGGACUUCGAAAAUUUCCCACGCUCAGGCAGAAAACUUGGCCGCUACUGUGGCCAAAGUAAUUCAGAGCAUGAUCGAGCACCCGCAUAGCCCUGUUGAUGAGCUCGACGUCAUCAGCGAUAAUGACUGGGCCAGCAUGAGGAAGUGGAACGAAAAGCUAGAGUGCAGCGCCCCGGUCAACAGCUGCAUCCACCACCUCAUCCAAAAGCUCAGCACGCAGCAACCCAACCGCCCAGCUGUGCAGGGCUGGGAUGCCAGCCUAUCCUAUGGCGAGCUCGAGCAGCUGUCUUCGCAGCUGGCAGGCCACUUGCACAACCUGGGGGUUGGUCCUGAGUGCAUUGUUCCGGUGUGCAUGGAGAAAUCGGCUUGGACCAUCGUUUCCAUGCUUUCCAUUCUGAAGGCCGGUGGCGCGUUCGUACCCUUCGACCCAGAGGCACCGCUCGACCGGCUGCUGCAGCUUCUAAAGGACACUUCGGCGACCAUUGCCAUUGCAUCGACGCAGACUGCCCCCCGCAUGCACGGCCACGUACAGCAAGUCAUUGUUUCUCCUUCAUUCAUCAAGGGCCUCCCGAACCGCACGUUCCACGAAACCGUCAGCCCCGAAAACCUAGCCUACGUCUUGUUCACAAGCGGGACGACGGGAGUACCCAAAGGAAUUAUGAUGCAGCACUCCCAAUUUCUUGCCAGCUCGACACGCUACAGCCCCGUCCUCGACCUCAGCCCCGAGUCACGCGUGCUACAAUUCUCGGCCUACACCUUCGACGCGAGCAUCUUCGAGCUCUGGAGCACGCUGACCUCCGGCGGCUGCGUAUGCCAAAUCUCCGACUCGCAGCGCAUGAACGACGUCGCGGGCGGCAUCAACGCCCUGUCGCCCGACACCAUGUUCAUGACGCCCACGAUGCUCGAGAUCCUCACGCCGACGGCCAUCCCGAGCAUCCGCACCAUCAUCACCGGCGGCGAAGUCAUCAAGCAAACCAUCUUCCGCACCUGGGCCCCGCCGGCCGGAGUAUCGCACCUCAUCGAAGCGUACGGCCCAACCGAGACGGCCGUCUACGCCACCUUCCAAACCCACGUGCAGCCGACCUCGGACCGCUUCUCCAUCGGCUCGAGCUUCUGCUGCCGCUGCUGGGUCGUGGACCCCGCGUCAGCAUCGUCACCGCGGCCGCGCCUCGUCCCCGUCGGCGCGGCGGGCGAGCUGUGGCUCGAAGGCCCCAGCCUGGCCCGCGGCUACCUCAACGCCGACGCGAAGACGGCCGCCGCCUUCGUGGAGCGCCCCGCCUUCGCACCGUCUUCCUUGGACGCCGCCCCCCAGACGCCCCUGCGGCGCUUCUACCGCACCGGCGACCUCGUCCGGCUCAAGCCGUGCGGGCAGCUCCGCUUCGUCGGCCGCAACGACUCGCAGGUCAAGGUGCGCGGGCAGCGCGUCGAGCUGUCCGAAGUCGAGCAGCAGGCCGCGCUCGCGCUGCCCGAGGCCGGCGUCCCCGUGGCGGCCGAGGCGCUGGAUUCGAAGCUCGUGCUGUUGGUCGAGAUGGUGGGAGCCGACGAGGCACGGGUCGCGCGGGUCGUCGACGCGCUCGAGACGCGGCUGCCCAGCCGCUUGCCGCGCUUCAUGGUGCCGUCGAUGAUCGUGCCGGUCGUGGACGAGCCGUUCCCCCGCAUGUCGUCGGGCAAGCUGAAUCGGAAGAGGCUGCGUGCGUUGGCCGUCGAGCUGGGGAGCAGGCAGCGCGCUGUUGCUGCUGCGAGGUCGGAAGUCAACGGCGGGCCUGAGACGCCGGUGGAGAGGACGCUGAGGCGUAUGCUGGCGUCUGUUCUGCCUGGCGUCUCUGCUGACGAGAUCCGCAUGAGCGACAAUUUCUUCCAUCUCGGCGGCGACUCGUUCUUGGCAAUGAAGCUCGUGGCGGCCGCCAGGACCGAGGGGCUGCGCCUGUCUGUGGCGUCGGUUCUGCGGAACCCCACGCUGGGUGAGCUGGCUAAGACGAUGCAGCUGGAGACGCCGCAGGGAGAUGGCGCCGCUCAAGUGUCGAGGCCGUUUGAGAUGAUGGGGAGCCUGGCAUCCUCGAUUCGCGCCGAGGCUGUGAAGACGUGUGGACUCCGCAGCGAGGACGACAUCGAAGACAUUUAUCCUGCCACGCCUCUGCAAGAGGCCUUCGUUGUCGAAUCGACCAAAACCCCGACCGCGUACAUGGCUUAUCACGUGGUCAAGCUUCCCGCUGACGUCAAUCUGGACAGAUUCUGUGCCGCGUGGGAAACUUGCGUUCAGGAAAACACCAUCUUGCGCACCACCAUCUUCCAGACCGUACAAACCAAGCCACCUCGUCCCAUACAAGUGGUUCUGCGCAGGAAGGAAGUCGAAUGGGAGCAGAGCCACGAUCUGCAGGCAUUCCUCGACCAAAACAGGAACGCGUGCGCCGUCGCAGCGAGCAGGGUAGCCAUCAUCAGCGACCGCCCCUCCCGCACGCACUCGUUCGUCUGGCUCGCCCACCACACCCUCUACGACGGCUACACCAUGACCCUCCUCCUCCAGCGCAUGCAAUCCAUCUACCACCAACACACCCCCGGCCCCGCCCCCGUCCCCUUCCGCAAAUACAUCGAACACCUCCACACCAUCCAAUCCUCCCCCGCCACCGCAGCCUUCUGGCGCACCUACCUCUCCAACAUCCCCCCAACAACCACCACUCCCCUCCCUCCCCCCGCCCGCCCCAACACCUCCACCACAUUCACCCUCCGCCUCCCCCCCGCCUCCCCCAUCAACGUCACCCUCGCCACCACCCUCCGCACCGCCUGGGCCCUCCUCCUCAUCGCCACCUCCCAACCCCUCUCCCCCUCCCAAACCUCCUCCCCCCCAACCACCUACGACACCCUCUUCACCUCCAUCGUCUCCGGCCGCCUCAGCAGCCAAGAGACCGCAGCCUCCCUGUCCCGCAUCGCCGGGCCGACCAUCGCCGCCGUCCCCGUGCGCGUGCGCUGCGCCCCGCACGAAAAGGCGCACGCCGUCCUCGCGCGGGUGCAAGACGACGCGGCGGAGAUGGCGGGCGGAGGGUACGAAGGCGUUGGGAUGAGGGGGGUGUGCGAGGCGUUGGGGAAGAGGGAGGGCGGGGAGGUGAGGAGGAGGCUGGUGGGGGGGUCGAUGUUCGUUGUGCAGCAACAGCAAGAGAGGCAGCAGGGUGAGGAGGGGUGGGGGGUGGUGUCGAGGGCGGUGGAUGUGGGGGCGAGUUAUGGGGGGGCGGUUACGGUGGUGUGUGAGCCCGAGGUUGAGAGGGGGGUGGUGAGGGUGGAGGUGGUGUAUGAUGAGGAGGGGGUGGUGGAGGUGGAGCGGAUGAUGAAGGGGUUUGAGGAGGUGGUGAGGGUGUUGUUGGUGGGGGGUGGGGAGGUGGUUGUUCGGGAUGUUGUUGCUGCUGCUGCUGCUGCUGUUGUUUCUGCUGGAAAGGUCGAUGGGUUGACACCGGCUCGUGCACACGGUGCGCUGGCUGGUGGGGAAGCAGCAGCAGAGUUGAGAUCGACGUCUGAUACGGACAUGGAGCGGAGACUCCAGGCUAUGUGGGCCGAGUCGCUCGGCCUCGAUGGACCGGAGGAUGUUGGCAUGCAGGACGAUUUUAUCGAACUGGGCGGCGACUCGCUCACGGCCAUGCAGGUUUCUGGUGUCGCCAGGCGUGAGGGCUUCUCCUUGCGUGUGGUGGACAUCAUGAGUAUGCCGGUGCUCCGAGACAUGGCGGCAUGCAUGACUGCAGAAGAGAAAGAGGAGGAAAAGGACGUCGCUCCGUUCUCGCUGAUGCCGGACGCGUCGUCGAAACAUGUCCAGCUUGCGGCAGCCGACUGCAAGGUGGAGGUGGACGAUGUGGAAGACAUGUAUCCCUGCACACCUCUGCAGGAGGGUCUCAUGACUGCAUCAGGGAAGCAGACAGGCUCGUACGUCGCGCAAAUCGUGGUGGAACUAAAGCGUGGGACAGACGUCGGGCGGUUCAAAGCCGCGUGGGAGUCCGUUGUGGCAACGCACCACAUUCUCCGUACCAGGAUCGUCCACCUCGGCGCCGAAGGCAUGUUCCAGACCGUCCUCAAACCGUCCAAGCCAGCGAUCAACUGGCGGACGGCGUCAAGCGUGGAGGAAUACGUCAAGCGCGACCGCAGCCUCCCAACCGUCUUCGGCGGCGAACUCGUCCGCUACGGCCUCGUCACAGACAAAAACAACACCACCACCUUCAUCUGGACCGCCCACCACGCCUGCUACGACGGCGCCUCCGUCGCCCUGCUCUCCUCCGCCGUCAGCGCCGCGUACUCGGGCACCCCACUCCCCGCACCCCCUCCCUUCAGCCGCUUCAUGCAGUACCUCGCCCGCCUCUCCCCCACCGACUCCGACGCCUUCUGGCGCGCCACCCUCGCCGGCGCCCCCCUCCCAACCCCAUUCCCCCUCCCCCUCACCCUCGACUACACCCCCCGCGCCUCCAGCACCAUCACCCGCCUCAUCACCCUGCCCUCGCUCCGCAGCAGCAGCCGCAGCAGCGGCGGCAUCACGACCGCCACCCUCCUGCAGACGGCAUGGGCCCUCGUCCUCGGGCGCUACGCCCCCUCCGGCCGGGCCGUCACGCUCGGCGUCGCGCAGUCCGGGCGCCUCACGCCCGUCGCCGACGUCGAGCGCAUCCCCGGCCCGACCCUCACCACCGCUCCGCUGCGGAUCGAGGUCGGCGUGCUGGAGACGCAAGAUGACAACAACAACACCGUCGCCGCGCUCCUGCACCGCGUGCAGGCGCUCGCCGCGGCAGCGAUCCCGCACUGCCACCGCGGGCUGCAGGCGAUCCGGCGCGUGGGUCGCGACGCCGCUGCGGCGUGCGAGUUCGCGACGUUAUUGACGCUGGGACCGGCGGAGAAGAAGAAGAAUGGAGAGGAGGAGGAGGACGGCAUGGUGUGUGAUCUCGUCCGAGCUGCGGGCCGCGAGGUUGACGGCGAGGACGGCGGGGCGUUCCACACGUAUCCGCUGCUGUUGGAGUGCUUGUUUGAUGAUGAGAGCGGCGAGGUCCGGGUGGGUGCGACGCAUGAUGAGCGGGUGUUGGAGAGGGGCGUGGUCGAGCGGAUGGUGGGGCAGUUUGAGAACGUCGUGAGGCAGCUGUUGGUUGUCGCCGAUGACGAGGCGGUCGCGGACGUCGAGUUGUUGACGUCGGAGGAGUUGGACGGCCUGAAGAAGUCGGCGGUUGGGUGGGUGGUUGAUCUGCGCCGCCGCGACUGGUUGGCGCCGGUGGGCGUCGUUGGUGAGUUGGUUGUUGAAGAGGAAGAGAAGGGUCGUGUUGCUGUUCAGCCUGCGUGGCUGGAGAAGCUUGGGUUUGCCCGCUCGAAGCAGGUCUACGCGACUGGAAAACUCGCGCGUCUCGGAUGCGACGGUGUCGUGGAGGUGGUCGGGAGCGUCGACGAGAUGGUCGAGCUGCCGGAUGGCCGCAGCUUCAUGGCAAGAGAUGUGGAGAGGCUUGUGAGCCAGGUCAUGUGGGACCGGGAAGUCGCCGUCCAGGUUGCGGAGAGCGCCGGUGAAGCAUCACUCACGGCCUUCGUGGCGCUUGGGCACGGGUACGUGGAUGAUGAAGUGGCGCAGAGGCUGCUUGAUGCUCUGGUAUCUAGUGCCAGGGACAGGCUUGGCCGCGCUUUGCCUUCGUUCAUGGUACCCAGCGUGUUCCGCCCGGUUCGCACGUUGCCGAGAAUGGCGGAUGGGCGUGUUGACCGCCUGCAGUUGCGCGGAAUGGGAACCGACAUCUCUCCAACGGACCAGAAAAACGACUCGAGAGAAGCUGAGAACACAGGCCCUUCAGACAUGGAACAGCAAUUGCUUGAUCUGUGGAAGGCGGUGCUCGGUCUCGACAAUAUUGGAGUCCACGACAGCUUCCUUCGUCUCGGCGGAGACUCUUUGGACGCCAUGAAACUCGUCGCGGCAGCUCGGCGCCAGGGCAUCCUCCUCACCGUCAAAGAGAUUUUCGAGAAUCCAGUCUUGGUGGACAUGGCCCGACUUGCAGGAAAAGUCGAAGCAAUUGGUGCUUCCGAUGACGCCAUCAAACCUUUCGCUCUGAUGAGCGGCAACACCAAGGACCUGAUCGAAGAGGUGGCCGAAGCCUGCCAGAUCGGCGCAAACACAGUUGAAGACGUUUAUCCGUGCGCUCCUUUGCAGGAGGGUCUCAUGGCCCUGUCGAACGUGGAGCGAGGGGCAUACGUCGCCGAGUGCAUUAUUCCCGUGCCAGACGCCGUCGGAGCCACCGCUGCUUGGAAGGCCCUCGUGGCCAUGACUCCGGUUCUACGCAGUAGGAUCAUUCAUACUGACGAACACGGGUUCGUGCAAGUGGUCAUCAGAGAAGAGGCGGAAAUUUCAACCGGAGAGAACUUGGACGACUACCUCAGGGAAGCUCGCCAAGUGCCCAUGUCGUCCGGGAACCGACUUGUCCGGGCUGGCAUUGUGAUCCAAGGAGCAUCGCAGCAUCUUGUCCUGUUUGCCCAUCAUGCUGUCUUCGACGGCUGGUCCUGGCGACUUCUCCUACAACGCCUGUACUCGCUGUACCAAGAGCGACCCGUGCCGCCGUCUCCGCCAUACAGCAAAUUCAUCCAGUACCUCCAUCAAGGACUACACCCAGAGGCGGCCGAAGAGUAUUGGGCAAUUUACCUGGAUGGCGCCGAACGCACUGCUUUCCCGCCCAUGCCUUCUUCCGUUGUCCCCCAGCCCGACUCGCACGAAACCAGGCACAUCACCGUUGGGCGCAGCAGCGAGAAUACAUCGACCUCGAUGAUUCAGACUGCCUGGGCCUUACUCAUCAGCCGUUACACCGACUCAAAGGAUGUUGUCAUUGGCGUCACGCUCUCCGGAAGGACGGCGCCGGUCGACGGCAUCCACGACAUGGUCGGCCCAACAUUCGCCACCAUCCCUCUGCGAUUCGUCCUCGAUGGCUCCAAGACGGUCUCUGAGCUGGCCAAGAGUGCGCAGGACGUCAGCAUCAACCCAGUGCAGCAUCUCGGGCUGCAGCGGAUCCGGCAAGUCAGCCCCAGCGCGCACGCCGCCUGUACUUUCAACAGCCUGCUGGUCGUCCAGCCCGCGAGCACCGACGAGGACGACAGCUCGGACAACUUCUUCAUGCGCGAAAACGACGCGCAGCUCAUCUCGAGCUUCACCAACUACGGUCUCGUCCUGCUCUGCCAGAUGCUGCCCGACGGCAACAUCGACGCCAGCCUCGUGUUCGACUCUCGGAUCAACACCAAGCAGCAGGCUUGCCGGCUCCUCGGACAGUUCGAACACUUGCUGCAGCAAAUCAGCGGUGGAACUGCCCAUUCCGUGCACGACGUGGAUUUCAUCAGCCCGGACGACUUCAGAGAGAUUUCAGCAUUCAACCGCGAGCCCCAGACCAACUCAAACACCGACCUAUGCAUGCACGAGCUUGUCGAGCGCCAUGCACGCGCCCAGCCAGAUGCACCAGCAGUCUCCUCCUGGGACGGCGACCUGACCUACGCUGAGCUGGACACACUGGCCACCCGACUCGCAAUCCACCUGACCACGUCCAUGGGCGUCCGCCCCGGCAGCACCGUGCCGCUGUGCUUCGAGAAGUGCAAAUGGACCCAAGUCGCCAUGCUCGGGGUGCUCAAAGCGGGCGCCGCCUUCCUCCUGCUCGACCCCUCUCACCCCGCCGCCCGGCUCACGUCCAUCUGCGCCAAAGUCGGCGCCACCACCGCCAUCGUCUCCUCCCCCGCCCUCUCCGCCCUCCUCACCCCCCACGCGGUCCCCGCCUCCCUCAUCCUCGACACCACCACUUUCCUCCCCCCCAUCACCACCACCACCGCCACCCUCCUCCCCACCCGCAUCCCCCCCACCUCCACCGCCUACAUCGUCACCACCUCGGGCACCACCACCGGCGCCCCCAAAGCCUGCGCCAUCCCCCACUCCGCCAUCGUCGCCUCCUGCCUCUCCUUCGCGCCGCGCGCGCACCUCUCCCCCAGCACCCGCGCCCUCCAAUUCGCGUCCUACAGCUUCGACGCCUCCGUCAUCGAGACCCUCAUGGUCUGGGCCGCCGGCGGCUGCACAUGCGUCGUCUCCGAGCGCGAGCGCCGCGACGACCUCGCCCGCGGCGUCGCCCGCCGCAAAGCCAACUGGGCCCUCUUGACGCCGUCGCUGGCGGGGAUAUUGACGCCGCAGGCUGUGCCGUCGUUGAGGACGGUCGUGCUUGGUGGGGAGGCGGCGACGGAGGAGGUGGUGCGGACGUGGGGGGGUGGUGAUUCUGAGGGGGGUGUGACGCUUUUGCAGGCGUAUGGGCCGUGCGAGUGUACGCCUGUGGCGUGCUGUUCGCUGGGGCCGAUGAGGGAGGGGUGCGAUCCGAGGGAUGUGGGGGCCAUGUUGGGGGGUGUGAGGGGGUGGGUGGUUGAUCCGAGGACGCAGGAGCGGUUGUGUCCGGUGGGGUGUGUGGGCGAGUUGGUGAUUGAGGGGCCGACGGUCGGGAUGGGGUAUGUCGGAGAUGAGGAGAAGAUGGCUGAGGCGUUUGUCGAGGAACCGCGGUGGAGAAAGCGGUUUGGAGGUGGGAGUGUGAGGAGGUUUUACAAGACGGGUGAUUUGGUGAGGUAUGCGGAGGAUGGGAGUGGGUCGCUGGUGUUUGUGGGGCGGAAGGAUGCGCAGAUCAAGGUGAGGGGGCAGAGGAUUGAGUUGAGCGAGAUCGAACACCAUCUUCGCCGCUGCAUGGCGCCGACGCCGUGCGAUGUUGCGGUCGAGCUGGUGGCGCCCGAGGGCGCGAGUGCGUAUCUCGCGGCGUUUGUGGCGCUCGGAGAUGCGUACGGUGAGGAAGAGAAGGAUCCAUUCGGCGAUACGAAGACGAAGCUGGGGGAUGUGCUGCCAUCUUUCAUGAUGCCGCGGGUUUUCCUGCCGCUUCGUCAACUGCCCCUCAGCGCCGCUGGAAAGAUUGAUCGCAAGUCGUUGCGGCAGAUGGCAUUGAGUCAAGAGAAGGUUACCGCGGACAUUCGAACUGGAAAGCCGCCGAAGACUGGGAUGGAGCAAAUGUUGCAGGCGCUGUGGGCCCGGGUCCUGGAUAUCCAAGUCGACGCCAUACACACGGAUGUCAGCUUCAUCGAACUGGGCGGCGAUUCGCUGUCAGCGAUGAAGCUCACGUCAAAGGCGCGUCAAGCCGGUCUGACCUUGAGCGUGGCUGACAUCAUGAGACGCCCACGGUUCGCGGACAUGGCGGAAAAGUGCAAGCCCUCAGUCGAGACUGAGCCAACGUCCGAGUACAAGCCUUUCUCAGCGUUCCCGGGAGAUGACGCGGAAGUUCGUUCCUUCCUGCGCGAGACCCUCGACGUGGACCGAAAAGAGAUCGAGGAUGUCGUCGAGGCGACGUCGGUGCAGAAGGCCAUGACUGAAGCAGCCAUGGCGCCCCAACAAGGCACCAUCAACCACGUCUGGCUCCACUUCGACGGUUCAAUCGACACGAAACGUGUGAGAGAUGCCUGCUUCCAAGUUGUCACCCGCCACGGCAUCCUCCGCACCGUCUUCGUGCCGUACAAGCAACAACUGAUGCAAGUGGUAUUCCGCUCACACGAACCGGAAUGGGAGGAGCACGACGCCGCCGCCAACGACGACAUGGAAGACGCAACCGCCGCCGUCAUCUCGGCCAGCCAAGCUCGUCCGGAGCGCUACGGCCAACACGGCCUACGCUUCUACUUCCUCACCCACCGUCGCCUCCACUCCAGCCGCCUGAUCAUCCGCAUGCCGCACAGCCUCUACGAUGGCUUCAGCCUCCCCCUCAUCCUCGACGACCUCCGCGCCGCCUACGAGCAGCAGCCCGGCAGCACCCUUCCCGCCAUCCCUCCAGCGUCUUCCUUCUCCGCCCACCUAAGCGCCUGGCGCCACCGCCAAUCCACCUGCGGCGCCGAGACCUUCUGGCGCAACGAACUGAAAGGGUCGCGCAUCACCCCCAUCAUCGCCGCCGAGACAACGACCAGCCCGCCCUGCACCGUCAACGGCCACCUCACCCGACACAUCGCCCUCCCGCCUCCCGCCACCCCCACCAAACACACCUUCGAAACCCUCUUCCACACCGCCUGGGCGCUCGUCCUGCGCCACCUACCCGGCAACACGUACACCUCUGACGACGUCGUCUUCGCCCGCGCCAUCGCCAACCGCGCACUCCCUCUCUCCUCUUCAACCCCGACCGACGCCGCCUUUACCGUCUGCGGCCCAACCCUCAACACCGUCCCCGUCCGCGUCGACUUCUCGCAUUCCGCCGACGCCGACGCCAACGCCCUGCUCUCCGCCGUCGAAGACGCCCGCCUGAAGGCGCUGCCGUACGAGUGCCUCGAGACGGAGCGGCUGGUGCGGCGGUGCACGGACUGGGCAGACGGAGAGAAAGGAGAAGAAGCGGCAGCGAUGCCGCGGUUCGGCUCGCUGCUGCUGUGGAACAACAUCGCUGCGGCGAAGGCGUUUGAUGACGGCGAGCUGCGGGCGUGGGCGAGCGGUGGUGAUGGUGGUGAUGGCGGUGAAAAGAAGACGAGGUGCGGGUUGGGGUGGGCGGUGGCGCCGUGGGACGCUGCGGACGUGCAGGUCACGGCGACGCCGACGCCGGGCGCGGGGGUGCGGAUCGAUGUUUUGUUUGCGGAGGAGAGGGUGCGGAGCGCGGUGGCGGCCGAGAUGGUCGAGAUGUUGUGUCGGAAUAUUGAGGGGUUGUGGGGGGGUGAGGCGGCCGCGUUGCUGGUGAGGAAGGAUGGGUGCGAGUCGCCGGUUGGUGGGAGCCGUGGGGAUAUGUCGCCGGACCAGCCGCCGACGCCGGAGUCGUACGAUAUUGUUUCGAGAGAUGGGUGGAGCGAUAUUUGA